GCCGGGAGCGCGGGGGCGGCGGGCCCGGGACGAGCAUGUAGCGGCUGCUUGCGGCGGGGCUCCCGGGGCGGGCCGGGCGGGCCGCGGGAGCCGCACGCGGCGAUAUGGAAGAGGAGGGCAAGAAGGGCAAGAAGCCUGGAAUUGUCUCGCCAUUUAAACGAGUAUUCCUAAAAGGUGAAAAGAGUAGAGAUAAGAAAGCCCAUGAGAAGGUGACAGAGAGGCGCCCUCUGCACACUGUGGUGUUGUCAUUGCCUGAGCGCGUCGAGCCAGACAGACUGCUGAGCGACUAUAUUGAGAAGGAGGUAAAGUAUUUAGGUCAGUUAACGUCCAUACCAGGAUACCUGAAUCCCUCCAGUAGGACUGAAAUCCUGCAUUUCAUAGACAAUGCAAAGAGAGCCCACCAGCUUCCGGGACACUUGACUCAGGAGCAUGAUGCUGUGCUCAGCCUGUCUGCGUACAACGUCAAGCUGGCCUGGAGGGACGGGGAGGAUAUCAUCCUCAGGGUGCCCAUCCAUGACAUCGCCGCCGUCUCCUAUGUUCGGGAUGACGCUGCGCACCUGGUGGUCCUGAAGACAGCCCAGGACCCAGGGAUCUCCCCCAGCCAGAGUCUGUGUGCGGAAAGUUCCAGAGGCCUCAGUGCAGGCUCCCUGUCGGAGAGUGCAGUUGGGCCCGUGGAGGCAUGCUGCCUGGUCAUCCUGGCUGCAGAGAGCAAGGUCGCUGCGGAGGAGCUUUGCUGUCUGCUAGGCCAGGUCUUCCAGGUUGUUUACACGGAGUCCACCAUCGACUUUCUGGACAGAGCGAUAUUUGAUGGGGCCUCUACCCCCACCCACCACCUGUCCCUGCACAGCGCCAGCCACGUGACCUCUUCCACAGUCACAUCUUUUUGUCAGCUUCCUCUGCAUUUCAGGACUCUUGCAAUCACAUUGAGCCCACCCAAAUUCUCCAGGGUCAUCUCCCUAUUUCAAGAUGACUCUUCUACAAAAGUGGACAUUAAGGAGACCUACGAGGUAGAAGCCAGCACUUUCUGCUUCCCUGAAUCCGUGGAUGUGGGUGGUGCGUCACCCCACGGCAAGACCAUCAGUGAGAGUGAGCUGAGCGCCAGUGCCACUGAGCUGCUGCAGGACUACAUGCUGACGCUGCGCACUAAGCUGUCAUCACAGGAGAUCCAGCAGUUUGCAGCGCUGCUGCACGAGUACCGCAAUGGGGCCUCUAUCCACGAGUUCUGCAUCAACCUGCGGCAGCUGUACGGGGACAGCCGCAAGUUCCUGCUGCUUGGUCUGAGGCCCUUCAUCCCUGAGAAGGACAGCCAGCACUUCGAGAACUUCCUGGAGACCAUUGGCGUGAAGGAUGGCCGCGGCAUCAUCACCGACAGCUUUGGCAGGCACCGUCGGGCCCUGAGCACCACAUCCAGUUCCACCACCAACGGGAACAGGGCCACGGGCAGCUCUGAUGACCGCUCGGCGCCCUCAGAGGGGGAUGAGUGGGACCGCAUGAUCUCGGACAUCAGCAGCGACAUUGAGGUGCUGGGCUGCAGCAUGGACCAGGACUCAGCAUGAUGGACAGUGGAUGGGGGGCACCCAUACCUUCCGCGCAGUCAUCGUAGGCCUUCCCAGAAGGAGCUGCCCAGACCUGCGUGUCAGCCCUUGGUGGUGGCCAGGGAGAGGCUCCAGGCGCAGAUGGCCCCGGGCGGCCCAGGUCCUCUACUGUGAAGGAGCAGGGAGCUGCCGAGGGACACGAGCCCCAGUGCGGGGUGGAAGGCUCUUUGCCUUGUCCACCAGGGCUCAGCCAAGCCCUGCAGCGUGUCCCUGCUCGGGGAGGGCCCGGCCGAGCUGGCAGGGAGAGCCAGUCCUGUCGGCUGGGCCCUUGGACAGCUGUCAGUUUUGCACAUGAUGUUCCUACUGUAACUCUCAGAGACCUUAAAAAGAAGUUUACUGCAAUGUGAAUAAUUUAAAAAAA